UUUUCUUUGUUUUUCCCUUCUUCUUCACUACCACAUAUUCUUUCUUUCUUCUUACCAAAAAAGAUUAAAAAAAAAAAAAAUAAAUAUAAAAUUUAAAAAAUUAAUUUUUAUAUAAAAUUAAAGGCUUAGAAACAAUCUUUUCUUAGCUGAACAUAUUGGUGUAUUCAAAAUUGUUACAUAUUGAUUGGAAAGAUUGGAAAGAGAAGAGAAAAGAGUGGGGGACACCAAAGUUGGGGGGCAAAAUAUAGAGAAGGAAGAACAACGCCCUUCGUUCUACUAUUGCCCCCUCUUUAGAUCUUACUGUUUUCUCAUCUGGGUAUUCUUCAAUCGGUUGAUUCUUGAUUUGGGAAAAUGCAGUCUGAUCUUGGUAAGUUAUUCAUCGGUGGAAUUUCAUGGGACACAAAUGAAGAGCGCCUGAAGGAGUAUUUUAGUACUUAUGGGGAGGUUUUAGAGGCUGUAAUUAUGAAGGAUAGGACUACAGGUCGUGCCCGUGGUUUUGGUUUUAUUGUCUUUGCUGAUCCUGCUGUUGCUGAUAGGGUUAUCAAGGAGAAACACAAUAUUGAUGGCAGGAUGGUUGAAGCAAAGAAGGCUGUUCCAAGGGAUGACCAAAGCACAAUAAGUAGAAGCAGCACUAGCAUUCAGGGUUCUCCUGGUCCAGGACGUACAAGAAAAAUUUUUGUUGGAGGUUUAGCAUCCACAGUAACUGAGACUGACUUUAAGCAGUAUUUUGAGCAAUUCGGAACAAUCACAGAUGUAGUAGUUAUGUACGACCAUAACACUCAGAGACCAAGAGGCUUUGGGUUUAUAACUUAUGAUUCAGAGGAUGCAGUGGAUAAAGUAUUGCUUAAGUCCUUCCAUGAGCUAAAUGGUAAAAUGGUUGAGGUCAAACGUGCAGUGCCCAAAGAGUUAUCACCAGGUCCAAGACUUGGUGGGUUCAAUCAUCCAUUAAGUAGGAUCAAUAACUUCCUUAAUGGAUACACACAGGGAUUCUCUCCUAAUACAGUUGCAGGAUAUGGAGUCAGGAUGGAUGGUAGAUUUAGCCCCAUUGCUGGAGGUAGGAGUGGUUUUGCUCCAUUUGGUUCUGGUUAUGGAGUGGGCCUUAACUUUGAACCAGGGUUAAGCCCAGGAUAUGGGGGAAGUGCAAACUUUAACAGCAGCUUGAGCUAUGGACGGGGACUGAACCCUUAUUAUGUUAAUAGUUCUAACAGACUUGGUGGUCCUAUUGGGUUUGAUGGAGUAAAUGGAGGAAAUAGUUCAUUCUUCAGCUCAGCAACUCAGAAUUUGUGGGGAAAUGGGGGUUUGGGUUAUGGAACGAACUCCACAAGCUCUAGCAACUUUGCGGUAGCUGGAAGUGGGAACACCGGGGCAGGAAACUUUAGCAACACUGGAGUUUGGGGUUCAUCUUCAAUUUCCUCUCAGGGUAGAGGAAAUGUUUCUAACCAAAGUGGAAAUCUUGGUUAUGGGGGUGAGGAUAGUUUAUAUGGGUUGACUGGAGGCUAUGGAAGAAAUGUUACAUCUAGUGGGGUUCCUACCUCAUCAUAUCCUGCAUCUAAUGGUAGCUAUGAUGGGGCUCUUGCUGAUUUUUACAGUGGUGGUUUGGGAUAUAGUGAUUCCACUUGGCGCUCUGCAAAUUCUGAGCGAGAUGCAUCUGGUUCAAUUGGUUAUGGACUCGGCAAUGCACCUUCAGACAUGCCACCUAAAAGUUCUGCUAGUUAUGUUGGCAGUUAUGGUGUUGGUAAAAGACAGACAAACAGCGGGAUUGGUGGCUAGAAGAAUAUUGACAAGCAAGGGUGUUACAUUAGGUGAAACUUUGGUGUAGAAUUUGAAUCAUGAAUUUUGCAUACUUCUAUAACUAUAUGAAGUUGAGAGGUUAAAGAAUUGGAUAUCCUUUUGUAGGGCUAACUGGAGUUGCUUGUUUUGAAGGUCUAGAGAUAGAAGUUUACAAGAUUUUGUGCUAAAGGUUUUUUUAUUGAGUUUAUGUCUUAAGGAAUUCCCCUUUUUUGUUUUCCUUGAGUGAGGUGUAAAAUCAGAUUGCGGCAUAUAGUCAGAAAUGUAUUGUGCAUCUCUGGUGAGGCAACGAUACAUACAACAACAAAUAGAAAGUUUUGCGUAAAAUUUUUAGUCAAAUGUUUUUUUUUUUUGCUGUAACGUUGCUGCAAAGUUGCAGAUUCUCGUCUGAUAAUGUGUUUGUUCUGUAGUUUCCCUUAAGUGGGAUUUACCUUUCUCAUUUGGAUGUAAGGGAGGUUGUUGAUUUAGUGUGAUACAUUUUAGGGAUACCCAUCUAGGGUCUCCUAAUGAAUAAUUUACUGCA